CCCGGAUUCAGGGUCAAAGUCACGCCUAAGUAGCGCCAGUCAAACUCCUCUGUUUCCAGAAAGCAAUGUAUAGAGUACCCGGCGAACUACACGAGUCGGAGAACUAGGGCACAAACAGUAUAGAGUUCUGUACCACGCUGUGUAGUACUCUCGAGAAUGGAGACAAUGUUUAUAUCGGAGGCCGACUCGGAGAAAGUUUAGAUAAGUAGGAAAUGAGUGAUUCAGUGGGCGCGACACGGUUGUUCGGUACGAACAAACAGUUGCCUUUUCAGAACGUGAUUUGCCGAAUGCGGUUUUUCUCCUUUCACUCGGAUCACGAUGGCCGACCAGUCGUCGAAACGAAAGUCCCAAGGCCCGGACAAAAGGAAGAAGAAAUAUCGCUCGGAUGGGACUCCAAUCUGGAGCAAAAGACACAUCGAUGGACCUGGGGUGUGGGUGAGCUGUGUCAAAGGAAAAGAAAAGCAAACGGUCGGCGAACUGUAUGAUUUAUUUGACUCGCUAGCGUCUGAUCUAUGGCCACUCGAAGGCGAGAAAAAAGACGACGAUUCAGAUGACGACGACGAUAUUGGGGAUGCCUCGCUAAGUCUGGAAGCACAAAUAUCCAAUGAGAUAUCGGCAAUGAAAAGACCCAGACACGAACAGAGAUUCGCUAACUGUCAAACAAAUACGCCUUGCGGUUCGGCCUUUAGAAGUGUUCCAAUAUUUCCGAAUACUAAACUGAUCUUAGUGGUUUUUAUAUCCUGUAAGCCUCCGGUGGAUCCUGUCCGAUUGGUCGAGACACAUAUCAGGAAUGUCCAGAAAACAGGAUUCAUGCGUACAAGAUACUGUCAUAGGUUCGUGCCGGUAUCAGGAUCAUGUGUCACCAAUAUACCGGAGAUACAAGCGCUGUGUCGCUCUACAUUCGAGCCAUUUUUUGCUCGCGACCCUGAACGAAAAUAUAGCUACAAGAUAGAGCUUCGAAUCCGAAACCAUACGUCGCUAUCCCGUCCUACCAUCAUUCAAAGCAUCGCUGACUGCAUGCCGGUAAAGCAUGUUGUCAAUUUAACAAAUCCUGAUGUCUUCAUCCUAGUGGAAGUGUUCAAGAGUGUUCUUGGCGUCGCUAUCACCCAAGAGUAUUACAGUUUGCACAAGUUCAACGUUAUGGAGAUCUCGAAUCAUACUCAAAGUGGGGGAAUUGAUGGAGAAAUCCGCGCUGACGGUAGUACAUGAGCAUAUAUCGUAUCACCAAUGUAUAUAUAGAUAGCAUCAAGCUUUAUUACAGAAGUGUACUGCCUAUGUACAAUAUGUUAAUGAGAUGAUAAGUAGUAGUCUGCGAGAGCGUGUAAAUAAUCGUACUAUUAUUAAUCCAUUACUAUACCAAGACGGACAACGUCUUAUCUCUUCCUCAGAGCAUGAAGUAUAACGUAAGACAUGAAAACAGGCGCUCGUACUGAGCGAAGCAACUAGAAAGUCAA